AUGGGAAACCCCCACGGCAAGCUGAAAAGGAAUGAAGAGGGAGAGGUGGAUGUUGUUUGGAUAUGGAAGAGAGGUCCGGUUACGUUCUUGGAAAUAUCGGAGCUAAACUGGCUUCUUUGGGAGAUCGGUUCAGUUAGGCUGUGUGAGACCGUAGACAAGUGGAUGUGGGAAGGUGAUAAAAAUGGAGAGUUCUCGGUUGGUUCGGUUAGGAGUAUGCUUAGAAGAGGGAUUGAUCACAGUUCGACUUACGUUAUGAAGUGGUGCAACUGGGUCCCGGCUAAAUGCAACGUUUUUGCUUGGAGAGCAGAAUUGGGAAAGAUCCUAACGGGUGUUGCUCUCAGGAACAUGAAUAUUCAAGUGGAAGAUAUCACAUGCCAGCUAUGUGAAUCUAGAGAUGAAAUCAACGAACAUUUGUUUGUUUUCUACUCGUUUACGUGCUUAAUUUGGCAGCGGGUUGCUGCUUGGUGCAGGGUUCCGGCGCUUAAUGUGGCCUCGGUUAGAGAUUUACUGGAGAUAAGGAAUCAAAUCGGGCUGAAUGAUCUGGCGAAAGAGGUUUUCUAUGGUAUUGUGAUGAUCGCUUGCUGGAGUAUUUGGCGAGCGAGAAAUGAGUUAAUAUUUUCCAAUAAACCGGCGAAAGUCGAAGAUAUAUUUAGUGUAGGAUCGGUUCGAGACCCAAACAAGUCAUUUGGAAGAGCUCUUAUCCGUUUCAGAGGCGGAAACUAA